GUGCACCAGCAGAGGCUGCUUCCUAUACAGAGGGUGCACCAGCAUUGGCUGCUUCCUAUACAGAGUGUGCACUAGCACAGAGGCUACUUCCUAUAGAGGGUGCACCAGCAGAGGCUGUUUCCAUUACAGAGGGUGAAUCUUUAGAAGCUGCUUCCAGUUCAGAGGCUGCACCAGCAGAGGCUCAGCGCACAGCCAUGGCACACAAGCUGGUGCUUAUCCUGGGAGCUCUGGAGGGAGUCCUCUCCCAGGAGACCCAGAAGCGGGAGCUACAUACCAACCCGGGCAGCCAUGUCAACUUACCGUAUGCCAGGACCCUGCUCAAUGGGACAAAGAUCCAGGUGUACCAGACCCCUGAGGUCCAUGCCACCCCGGGGAGCAAUGUCACCUUACCGUGUACCUACAAUGUCUCUGGAGUAGAGGAGGCAACUAUCGGGUCCUUCACGUGGUACAGACACCUGGUGAAGACUGGGCUGGAGGUGUCUGACAGUAAUAAGGACUUCACCGGUCGGAUCUCCAGAGCAGAUCCAGAACAAUUCAUCAGUAACAGAGAUGCCCAUAUCACCAUACACAACGUGCUUGAUACAGACGCUGGCAGUUAUUUCUGUGCAGUCAGUUUUCUAGAAGGUGGAAGAUUAUCUGGAUCUGGAGCCGGGACCCUGCUCAAUGUGACAGCCUUCACAGAGCGGAAAUAUUUUUAA